AGGGAAGGGACCAAGAACAGACCUUAUUUUGGCUUGUGGGAUCACCUGAUACCUGUGACACAGUUAAUCUUCAGUGAUGAGGAUCCUUUACCUACUCUUUUCUGUCCUCUUCUUGGUCCUCCAGGUUUCUCCAGGAUUGUCUUCACCUCGGAGGGACAUGCUUUUCUGUAGAAAGGGAACGUGUCAUUUUGGAGCAUGUCCUUUCCAGAAGAUUAAGGUUGGAAGUUGCUUUGGAUUCCGUACCUGCUGCAAGUGGCCAUGGGAUUUAUAAGUUCUUCGUGAACUGUCCACUCAAGAGUUCUGAAAAUUGCUUCUAAAUCUAGCAAAUCUCUUUGAAAGCCCUUACUGCUAAAACCAUGGGAUACGGAUACAAUGAAUUCUCAAGCAUCUGUCAUUUCAUAUUAAAAAAAAGCUUUAUGAAGAUUGGCAAAGCCAAGUGCAUUAUGUAUUGCUUUCCUUCUUUUAAAUAAAUUGAUGUUG